AUGGCUAUUCCGCCUAUAGACACCACAGAUAUGAAUUUAGGUGACGAAGGGGGCUCGCCAUGGGACGACGUUCCCUCGCGCUCGCAUUCGAACCAAAACCUCAAGGCCGCUGGUGAAGAAGCACAGGACUCAGCUCGACCGGAUCAGCAGGAUGCGCCAGCACCCAGCGCAUCAACGGUCUCCAAAACAGGCACUACCCGAGGGAAGAGGACCAUCCGCCGAUACGAAGCGCAACCCACAAGUUUCCAACCUGUAGACGACUCGCUAGGACCCCUAGGGCCGCUAGGAGACAGCUACAAACCUCCAGCACAAGAUGAGCCCCCAGCGCCGCCGCAGAAGGAGCAAGCCUCCAUGCGGAGCUCGCGGCCAACAACCGCGACGUCGCAGUCCUCAGUUCGAAGCAUGAUGGACUCCGUAAACCUUGACGAUGACGACGAUGCGACGCCUUCGCGACCCAGGAUACCGCCGCCUGUUCAGCCACCUAGUAACGACACGCCGCGGCGGCAGACACAACCGAGCAUGUCGGUGGAGCAAGCAGCAAAGCCGACAUUCCAGAUUACCGUGGGAGAUCCGCAUAAAGUCGGAGACCUUACAAGCUCGCAUACCGAGUACCAAGUCAGGACGAAGACCACCUCGAAAGCCUACCGCACAGAAGAAUUUGCCGUCUCCCGCCGCUACCGCGACUUCCUCUGGCUAUACUCCCAACUUCACGCGAACAAUCCCGGCGUCGUUGUGCCGGCGCCCCCGGAGAAGCAAGCCGUAGGCCGAUUCGACGCCGGUUUUGUAGAAUCGCGCCGAGCAGCGCUGGAGAGGAUGCUCAACAAGACCUGCGCGCAUCCUAUACUCCAGCACGACGGCGACCUCAAGCUCUUCCUCGAGAGCGAAGCCUUCAACGUGGACAUCAAGCACAAGGAGCGUAAAGAGCCGAUGCUGGGCUCCGAGAGCAAGGGUAUGUUCGGCGGCCUCGGACUGGGCGGCGGCGGUGGGAAGUUCAUCGAGCACGAUGACUGGUUCCACGACCGGCGCGUCUACCUCGACGCGCUAGAAACGCAGCUCAAAGCGCUCCUCAAAGCGACCGAUGCCGUCGUGAUUCAGCGCAAGGGCCUGGCGGAAGCCACCGGCGACUUCUCCGCCUCUCUGCACUCCCUCGCAGCCGUCGAGCUCUCGCCUUCCCUCUCCGAUCCGCUCGACGCGCUUUCCGUCCUCCAAACCCGCAUCCGCGAGCUGUAUGAGAGACAGGCGCAGCAGGAUGUCCUCACAUUGGGCAUCGUGAUAGACGAGUAUAUCCGGUUGAUUGGCAGCGUCAAGAAGGCGUUCGAGCAGCGCCAGAAGGCGUACCAUGCGUGGCAUGCGGCCGAGUCGGAGUUGUCGAAGAGGAAAGGUGCGCAGGAUAAGCUACUUAGACAGGGAAGGAGCCAGCAGGAUCGGCUGAAUCAAACGAAUGCGGAUGUGAGCGAUGCGGAGAGGAAGGUGCAUGCGGCGCGGUUGCUGUUUGAGGAUAUGGGCCGCCUAAUGCGCGGGGAGCUGGAGAGGUUUGAGCGGGAGAAGGUCGAGGAUUUCAAGAGUGGGGUGGAGACUUUCCUGGAGAGCGCGGUGGAGGCGCAAAAGGAGCUCAUCGAACUCUGGGAAACAUACCUCUUCCAGCUCGACGACGAGGAAGAAGGCAAGCCCUUCGGCCACUCGAUCCCGCCCGCUGGCAUCAAGGCUGCAGGCGCUGACGCAACAACUAAGGAUGCAGCAGCACCGCCUGUCGACUCGGCCAGGCCCUCUACGGGAGACGAUUCGCGGCCGGAGAGUCAGGGAACCGAAGAGACCGAAGGCGGGAGUAUCGAACAGGCGAGGGCGGCGGCGAGUGUUACGAGGGAGGUCGAGGAGUAA